AUGAAGCCGAAACAACUGCUAACGUUCGUGGUUCAAACGUUCCGCUAUGUUGUGCGUAAUUUUUGCGAGAAUACCACCCUGCACGGACUGCGAUACGUUUACGGCGCAGACCGGAGUCAUCCGCAACAAAAUGGCGCGAUGCUGCGGUUGCUCUGGCUGCUGGUGUGCCUCGUAAGCAUUGGAUUCACUAUGAUAAUGGGCAUGAUCGCGUGGAUGCGAUUCCGAACCACACCAACGAUCACCACGAUCGAAACUAUGACGUACCCGAUCUGGAACAUCCCCUUUCCGGCGAUUACCGUGUGUAACAUCAACAAAAUUGACAACCGGAAAGCCACCGUCAUCAUCGAUCGGCUCGUGAACGAGUUCGGGCUAAGCAGACACAAUGCCACAGGCCUGCUAGUGGCUCAAGCAAGUCUAGUAAACUUUGAGGCAGUCAACACGACCUAUCUCGAGCUGGAAUCAGUACUCGGACGCAUGGGAUGGAACCCGGACAAGUUACUCCUUGAGUUGACCCAACCGUGUGAAGAACUGAUCAAGGUUUGCUUCUGGCUCGGAUCGGAAGUUCCUUGCCCGCAUGUGAUACGUCGAACGCGGACGGACAACGGAUUCUGCUGCUCGUACAACGUGGACGAAACGAUGCAGCCGAUCAUCGGAAAACAGAACCAGACUGGCCAUCGUUUGCCAUAUCGAGCAAAACGACUCUCGGGAGCGGGCCGACAUGUUGGAUUUUCCGUUUUAAUCGACGUACAGCCGGACACGUACAUGGCACCAACGAAAUCGUACUAUGGAGCUGAAGUGUACGUGCACGAUUCGAGCGAUUUCCCUUCCGAUGCGGACUUUGAGCACGUGGCGCAACCGGGCUGGGACGUGGUGAUGUCCGUCAUUCCGCUACCGAUCGAAAGCAGCAGUACGAUGAGUCAGGUGCCGGAGGAAAUGCGGAAAUGCUUCCUGCCCGAGGAGAGCGACUCACAGACGAAGGAGAGCUUCAAUCUGAACGUUUGCAUGGCCCAGUGCCGGCUUCGCACGAUAGUGAAGCUAUGCAACUGCAUCCCGUUCUAUUACACCGAUCUAAAAAUCACCGAAGCGAAAAACGUAGAGAUGUGCGCUCUGAAACACGUCGCAUGUUUGCACUACUUCAGAAGAUAUUUUUACAGCUUACGCACCGACAAGCUUUCGGAGUCCGAUACGAAGGAUGUGGAGUUUGGCAUGGAUUGCGAUUGUAAACCUCCAUGUUCGGUGCUGAACUACAACGUGCAGACGAUUGCGAGCCAACGACAAUCAAAAAGCUUCAAGUCGGCGAACUACGGAGGACGAAACGUCUCAAUGUACGCGACGUUGAACGUACACUUCAAGGACAUCUACUGCGUGAAGUACAAACGGGAUGCGUACAUGACCUGGGACUCGCUUGUGGCCACUUUCGGGGGUAUUUUCGGUCUGUGCAUGGGUGGCUCGGUCCUCAGCAUCGUCGAGCUGGUGUACUACUUCACCGUGAAACCGUUCACCUCAUACCAGACGGCAGGACUGCUAGCACAAUCGCAGAAAACUCGAAAGACUAGUGCCCAACGGCGAAAAACCGUGGUAGUACGACCUUACAUCUCUCCGUACGACAGCGUACCACGAUAUGGCUACUUUUCGAGGCGCAACGUGCUCGCUCGAGAUAAAAGCUUCGUGAAAAAGUCAACCGAGAUCGCCGUGACACGGAAAAAGGACACCGUCCAUCACGCACCCGAACCGAGCGUUCUUUCCUUCGUGUACUGA